UUGCUGGAUUUGAAAACCAAACAUUUGUGGAGUGGUAAGUUCACAGAACUCAAGAGCAAAUUAGAAGAGUUGGACGCCCAGAAAAGAAUGCACGUUACGCUGCACAAGUGGACGGCUCUAAAAGGCAUGCCGCGAGUUGAGGCACUUAUAUUUGACGCAUGGAAAAAGUCUUCCACAAUGCUACAUUGA